AUGGGGAUGAUGGGGAUGAUGGGGAUGAUGGGGAUGGGGAUGAUGGGGAUGAUGGGGAUGAUGGAGAUGAUGGGGAUGAUGGGGAUGAUGUGGAUGAUGGGGAUGAUGGAGAUGAUGGGGGUGAUGGGGAUGAUGGGGGUGAUGGAGAUGAUAGGGAUGAUGGGGAUGAUGGGGAUGAUGGAGAUGAUGAUGGGGGAUGAUGUGGAUGAUGGGGAUGAUGGAGAUGAUGGGGAUGAUGGGGGGGGUGAUGGGGAUGAUGGGGAUGAUGGGAUGGGAUGA